GCUUCUUCUCACCAUCCACCUGCUCACUACAUCCCACAACAACCCUUCAACCUCCCACCACUUGCACAGCCUUCCUAUUCAAUAUCAACAACCACAACCAUGCUAUCCAAGCCCACCUCCGCGAGCAAGAACAGCACAGCGAAGAAAUCAGCAACGCCCAACAAGAACUCAACCGCAGCAAAGGCAAAAGUCACCCAACCAAAAGCCUCCUCCAAACAGGCAACCUCUUCAACAGCCCCGACGAAGUUAAGACUGAGUUCCUUCCUCUCGCCCACAAAAGGGUCAGGCGUCACAAAAUCGUCGACAACAUCGAAAGGCACAUGUCUCCCAAAGAAAGCAGCAAGAAAAGGAGAGGAAAUCGAAGCAGGAGUGGAGGAGACGGAAACUCCCAAGCAGGGUGCGAAAGCGACGGAGAAGAAUGGGAAGAAGACAGCCUCGAGAAGCAAACCGAAGGGUGCCCGCAACCCCAGUGAUAUCCGGAUCUACGAUGCCUCUCCGCUGAAACUCAAGCCCUCGUCUUCGGAAGUGAGCGUCCUGAUGCGCCCGACGGAGCGGACGAAAAGAUUUCUCGCCCAGCUGGAGGAUGAAAGGAAGAAAAGGGGCGCUGCUGCUGCCGCGAUCCUGCCCAAUGCAGAGGAGAAGGAAGAUGGAAUGCAAACUUUCAGAGUCAUGGAUCUGCCAAAAGAAGUGCAAGUGGCAAUCUGGAGAGAAGCUGUCGUUUAUCCGGACUUCUUCGUGUGGCCGGAGAGCAAGACGGGAGGCGAGCAGCCGGAUUUGGCGAUGGUGGGACGCGAGGUUAGGGAGGAUGUGCUGGGUGUGUAUUAUGGGGAGAACAUCUUUGCGGUGAAUCUCAGUCCGAUAAGAGUCCUAGACAUGCGGGGCCCAAGGGCAAAGGUGUUCAAGGGCGCAAAACUCAGUGCUAUGGGCGCGUUGAGAAUAUGGAGCUCUCUGAUGGAACAAAAGGGGUGGUUCGGGAUGAUCAGGAAAUGGGUAUUCAGCUAUGCACCUCCGUCGACCAGGUGCGGUUUCGGGAUCAGAGGUGGAGGGCAGGUUGAGCAGAAUUUCGUGGUGUUCGUGAACUUCAAGCCCGAACAGCGGAAGGAUGAGAGCAAGACCUGGUCGGCGGUCGUGGAAGUGCAUCGACGGGCGAACUGUGUGAUUCCCGCUGCGGUGAAUUGCGGCCAAUGCAUCGUCCGUGCCGCGCCCGAGUGGCUGAACAAAGCUGUGUUCGAAGCCAUGGAUGGCGCAGACGCCGGCGGGAUCAAAGCAAAAUCGGUCGUGACCCUGGCGGAGACCAUUCGAUCGAGAGCAGCCGAGUUGAAGGACGAGAAGUGCGUCGGAUCGAACGGCGAUACUGGGGUUGUAUGAGGAGCGACGGGCGUGGCAACGGAACGGAAGUGCGUCGGAGAGCACACAUCGAGGGUCCAUUCGUUCUCGUCGACUGGUGAAGGAGUCCCGUCGUCGAUUUCGGCAAGGGCUGGCCUCGAAGUCUCAGCACAUCAG